UUCCUUUGUGUGGUAAGUUAAAUCUUAUAAAAGACCCUUUGUUUUCAGGACUAUGUGCUAGAAAUGACAGUGAAAGAGACAAAACUCUACAUGAGAAACCUGCUCUUAGCCUUGAGAAGAGUGCAUUCAUUUAACAUCAUUCACAGAGAUAUUAAACCAAGCAACUUUCUAUACAAUCGGCAUACCAAGCAAUUCCUAUUGGUUGACUUUGGCUUGGCACAAAAGGUCAAUGAGAAUGAAAACUCUCUGCGUAAUCCGAUUAUAAAAAGGAAAAGAGAAGAUGACGACCUGGAAAAUGCAGAGAACCCCAGGGUAAAGCGGUGCGCUCUGGAUCAGGUGGGCGGGAAUAAACAGGAUCUGAGUGGAUUUGCCAAGCAACCUCAGCACUCCAACGUUCUCUCCACAAAUACCAUCAAGAGACCUCUGACAACCAACUCCUCAAAUGUGAUAAAUAACACUGCCGAGAAAGUGUACGGCAAGAAGCAAUCCUUCCAGAACUUGAUGCCGCAGAAAGUAAAGUCCACCAAUGCUCAAACCAGUUUUGUGCGUGUCCAGAACUCUCAGGCGCAGAUCUGCAACAUCUGUCUGACUCGCAAGGCGCAGUUCGCUCCGAGAGCAGGCACUCCAGGCUUCCGUCCUCCAAAAGUCCUGCUCAAGUACCCACUGCAAACCACAGCGGUGGACAUGUGGUCUGCAGGUGUGAUCAUGCUGUGUAUCCUGAGCGGCUGUUAUCCGUUCUUCUUCGGUUCACCUGACGACAUCUCUGCCUUGUGUGAGAUCAUCACUGUCUUCGGGAAAACAGCCAUAACCACUCUAGCGAAAAAGAUUGGUCGAAAUGUGGUCUGCAGUGAGAAGCGGAAGCCACUGAACUUGCGAAUCUUGUGCGAGAGCCUGAGACAACGCAAGACUAGCGGCAAACUACCCAAGGCUGACCAACCGUUGUGUCAGGACUGCCACCACUCCAACACCCUCGAGCACGGCUGCCUGUGUGAGGACAAGUGUAGGCUCGACCUGUCCUCCAGCUACUUCCCUCGCUCUGCGUUCGACCUGCUCGCCAGACUCCUGGAC